AUGGCAGCCACCGACAUGAACCACUCAGUCGCCCGCCAGACCAGCUUUGGACUCCGCCUCGCAUCCGCCAUAUUCUCCGCCUCGAACGCCGACGGUGCAGACGGCAACGCCGCCUUCUCUCCGCUCUCCCUCCACGUCAUGCUCAGCUUCAUCACCGCCGGCGCCGGUGGCGACACCCGCGACCAGCUCGCCUCCAUACUUGGAUUCCGGGGUCCUGGCGAAACCGACGGCCUACACGCGCUCGCUGAGCAUGUGGUGCAACUCACGCUCGCCGAUGCGUCUGGCGCCGGCGGCCCACGCGUCGCCUUAGCAAACGGUGUCUUCGUCGACGCUUCACUGCAGCUCAAGCCAUUGUUCAAGGAGAUCGCGUUGGCGAAGUACAAAUCGGAGACCCACUCCGUCGACUUCAAAACUAAGCCUGCUGAGGUUGCUGGCCAGGUGAACUCAUGGGUAGAUAAAGUAACUUCAGGUCUCAUUAAGGAGAUCCUGCCUGCCGGCUCUAUCGACGAUUACACUAAACUGGUUCUUAGUAAUGCCCUUUAUUUCAAAGGUGCUUGGAUUGAGAGGUUUGAUGCAUCUAAGACAAAAGAUGAGAAGUUCUACCUUAUUGGUUGGAACCUUCUUGGUUGGAACUCAGUAAAAGCACCAUUCAUGUCUAGUACGAAUAGCCAAUAUAUUUCAUCUUGCGACAACUUCAAGGUACUUAAGCUUCCUUACCAGCCAGGCGGGGACAGGAGGCAGUUCUCCAUGUACAUACUUCUUCCAGAAGCACGAGAUGGUAUCUGGAGCUUAGCUAGAAAGUUAACCUCUGAGCCAGAGUUCCUAGAGAAACAUAUCCCAACGGGAAAGGUCCCAGUAAGGUACUUCAAACUUCCAAAGUUCAAGAUAUCAUUUGGAUUUGAAGCCUCAGAAUUGCUCAAAGGUUUGGGCCUACAACUGCCAUUUAGCAUGGAAGCAGAUCUUUCAGAAAUGGUGGAUUAUUCAUCAUUGGACCGUAGUAUGAGUGUUUCAUCCGUUUUUCACAAGUCAUUUGUUGAAGUGAAUGAGGAAGGAACUGAGGCCGCAGCAGCAAGUGCUAGCGUAGUGAGAAUGUGUAAGUCUUUGCGCGCAAAACCGCCCACGAAGGUGGAUUUUGUCGCGGAUCACCCUUUCAUCUUUGUCAUCCGUGAAGACACGACCGGUGUGGUGCUAUUCAUCGGUCAUGUGGUUAAUCCUGUACUUGUAGCAUAG